GAACUCGUUAUAAGCCUCAAAUGAAACGUGAUAUUUUCUCGUGGCAGCUCAGUCAUUUUUCUUAAGAGAAAAUCCUACUCUCUUUUGCUGAAUAUCCGCGAUGUCCCACGUUCGAUAUACAACCUCUAUAGCGUAUGUAUGUAAGUACAUACAUAUACAUAAUAUGGACGUCAAUGGACAAAGGGUGACCGAAAAAAUUGGAUUAUAUUUCUUCGUUCACUUUCAAUUUAUGUUCCAGCAAUGAGUAAAUAAUAUAAUGGCAAUAGUUAUCGCAGAUAACCAGCUGUAGCUGCACUGCAGCUAUUUGGCAUGUAUCCCACAAUAUAUCCCACGUAAUAAUUCGCUGCGGCGAUCAAUCCUCUGUUGAAACUACGAUCUGGAACCCUGGAAAGCUCCGCUGAAAGUAAAUUAUCGGCGCGAAUAUACAGCUGAUCUCAUAAACUUAUAAACGGGGAAGUGUGUAUGACAAUCACUGAAUAUAAUGAUAUAAUUUUGAAUGAAAUAUGAUGGUCGAAAGUUUUGAAAAAAUAUGGGGAAGUGCGCAAGAAAUGGGGUGUCGGCGUAUUUUAUAUUUUCAAAAUGAACCGCAACAUUUAUUUUAGCUCUGUGCGCAAAAUUAACAUGUUAACUGCAAGUGCUGAUUAUCACAGCAAUCUUUGCACGUGCGUGCAAGUAUCAUGUUCCAAAAAAUCAAUGCUGCGGGUGUGCGGGAAGUUCCAUACUCAAAUUAUUCGUCAAAUUUCUAUGGUAAUAAAGCUAUUCCACGUGCGUGAUGUGUUGAAGUCUACUGUGAAAUUGCUAUUUUUUUUUGUUAUACCGUCUCACCCAGUAGACACGAGGUACACGGUAAUAUGCGUCAUUUAUGAACGAGCUCAAAGAGCGACGUCGUCGUCGUCGUCAGUCAGUUUCAGUAUUCCAGCGCCGUCGCCGAAGGUUGGUUCGUUCUUCUCCUCUUCGAAGUUGAACCGAAUCUCAAACCCUAUCACUAUCAGUUGGCGCCGCAUCGCACCAACGAACGAAGGGUUGCUCAGAAACUGGGGCUCGGCUUUACUACCCUUUGCGGCAGUCAGCCCCGAGCCGAGCUUUCAAAUGGCUGUGCUUUUUUAAAUUCAACGUUGCCAUCAAAUAUAUUUUUUAAACAUAUUUCCGCCGAAAUAUCAAGUGCUCCGUGACCCUCUCAUCCGUCCAUAAUGCCGAGGAAAAUAGGUUUCACCGUUGUUUACGCGACGAGCGAGGAAGACCGCCAUUCGUCGUUAGAAUUGAAUGUCCAUGGGCCAACGGUUCGGGGGUGGCAGAGUGCUCGGAGGUGUUCCUUUCCCCAAGAACUUAUCCUUCGACUUCACGGGCCUACAAAACUCUCGAGGAUACAAGUUUUGGCCCAUCAAUAUCUCAUACCUGAAAAACUGGAGAUAUGGACGUCGCAGGAAUGUAAUGGAACGAAUUCAACAGAUUUUACGUAUCUGGGAUACAUCACCUUGUCCGAUAAUGCCUCGACUCUGUACAAGAGCAGAGAGCUGAAGAGCGUGGCUCUUCCGGAAACGGACGCUGCUACGCUUAAGUUAAAACUACAUAAGCCACACAAUAAUGCACACAAUGUUCAUGAACAGGUAGGUUUGAUCGCGAUAAACAUUCUGGGUGAACCUUACGGGCAAGAGUACUGCGGUCAAGGUGAUGCUCCGUAUAAUCCGCAUUACACUUCACCCUACGAUGACCUAGCUUUUGAGAUGUACGUAGAUCGUGAAGUGGCAAAAAUUAUUCGUCAGAUGGAAAUGAAGAAGCUACAGGCUGCGGAAGAGGAGAGAUUCGAGUACGCAUCAAAACUAAAAGUAGCCAUGGAAAAUCUUAGAAAGGCUGGGGAACGCUUAGGAAAAUACGAGUUGGAGAAAAAGUAUGCUAUUGCAUUAGAGGAUUACGACAAAGCCAAAGCGAAAAAGGCUCAAGCUCAGCAGUACAGACAACAGGUUUACCAGAGUCUAGAAAUUGAUGAUCUACUUGAAGUUCAUGGUCCUCUGGAAAAAAAUGAUGAAUCUACGAUAGCAGGAAAGGAACCCCUGUUGGCUGAUGCAGCUGGUUCUGCAACGGCAGCUGUUGCAGUUGAGGAAAUAACUUCGCCACCUAGAUUAGUCGUUCCGCCAACUAGAGACGGAGCGUUAUCACCUACUGGUCCUGCUCAUCAACAACCUCCAUCUCCUCUUCAUCAAAAACCGAACAGCCCUGAAGCCACAGAUCACCCGACGAGUGUUGUAUUAGAAAGACAUAAUGGAUGCAACAAGGGUUCUCUCAGAAGAAAAACAAAGUCUGCUGGUCCGAUGCUCAGGUCAAGCUACGAGGCUUAUGAAGAACGAACGAUACCGGCACUUAGACACUCUCACACAAACGAAUUCACAAGGGAAUGUCACCUGGAUAGUGCAGAGCUGACUAAAGUUACUUCAAAACUGAAUGAUAGAGAAAAGAAACAAGCGGCUCUACCGAUCUCUGUAUUUGGAAUGGAUAUGGUAGAAAAAUUUUAUUCCAAACAAUUCACGGACAAGGAAGAAGGGCUUAUGCAACUCAAAGAUGAGUUGAGAACAUUCGAUUCUGAGGAUUCUAAACAUUCGGCGAAUAAAACGGCGAGAGCUGCAAUUUUACUGUUACAUCGGGCUCUUAGAGAUAAAGUGUUCAGCGUUUAUAGCUUGGCUGCUCAAUUGAUCAGGGUAUUUUUCACAGAGUUUGCUGUGGGUCGAGUAUCAUCUGCCGAGAUAGCCCGCAGCGUAGAUCGUUUGCUACCGGAACUUCUUACAAAAUCAGGGGAUACAACGCCUAGGAUUCAUAAUAUGGCUGUUCAUACUAUUCUGAGUAUGGUAGACUGCAAGUGUGUCAGAGAACUGCACAUCAUACCCGUUCAUCUCAGCAGACCUGUAAAUAGUAGCACGCAUCAAAGAUUAGCACUAAGCAGGCUGGAGAUGGUCGAGCAACUGAUAUUAAAUCAUGGGAUUUCAACGGACAAACAAAGCGGUCUAACAUGUCGAACUCUAUCAGAACUGGGACUAUCAGGGCUACAUCACCCCGCAGAAGCCGUCAGAAAAGUAUCCGAAAGAAUAUUAGUAUUGGUUUAUAAAGUGAACCCAAGGCUGGUCAGGAAGCAAUUACCUCCUGAUGAUGAUAUCACCAGGAGGAAUUUACUCUACAGACAAUUGUUUCAUGAAUUUGACUUGAUUGAUCUUCAGAGGAAAAAGAAUUUAGAAACUAGUCAGAAGUCUACAACGCCUAUCCAUACCAAACCUGUGGAAACUAAUGAGGCAAGUGUCGCUAAAUCUCCACCAAGAGCUAGUCCUGUUGUUAGUACUAGUAGUUCUAUCAGCAUAACAUCACCCUCUGAUAACAGCACUGACCAUAAAGGAGACAAAAUGUGCAUAUUCUGCUUGUCGAAAGGACAGGUUUAUUCAGAAGAGGGUUUGAAUAUACAUUAUUGGAGGACCUGCCCAAUGUUGACCAGAUGCGAAGCAUGUAAACAAGUUGUAGAGGUUUCAUAUGUUAAUCUCCACUUAUUGAACGAAUGUGAUAUGAGAAAUAAUUACGUCAAAUGUGAUACGUGUAAGCAGGCUGUACAUUUAGAAGGUUUGACGCAACAUGCAAACAGCGAUAAUUGUACCAAGCCAUUAGAAGGAUGUGACAGGUGUCCAUUGUGCCACCUUAUCAUUAAUCGCAAUAAGUGGCGAGAUCAUCUUAUGGGAGAACAACCUUGUGCUAACAAUACUAGAAACAAACUCAACAAAAGUUGUUCAAAAUCACCAUCAAACACACAAAAUCUUGGUGGAAAAUUGACAUCUCCGACCGGUAGAGAUUACUAGCAUCGACUCUUGUAUAGCAGUAUAUAAUGAAGACUUUUUAGAAUUUUAUUCAUUUUAUAGUAUACGUAUUUGUUAUAGAAUCGUAAUGUUUCUACAUAUUUGUAUGUGCAUUAAAAUAUCUUAUUUCCAGUAGAUCCCGUCCCGUACAUCGUACACAUACUAGUAAUUUGUUAUUACUAUCAAAUUCACGAAAGUUAAAGCUUACCAAUGCAAGCUCAUGCAUAGAAUGCAUCACAGAUCUCAUUUUGUCAAUUGAUACAGGAUUAAAUUUGGUGAUCAUCGCCACUUCCUGCAGCAAAUUACAUGUCAAGUGUGCUGUAAAUAUUUUUGCAUUGGUAAAAAUUAAUGCAGCGUGUUCCUGUAUCAAACGGAAAUUAUUCACUUCCAAUGAGCUAGUGAAACCGGCCAUGUUUUGAUAGGACAAAAGUUCUUCUCUUCCGACCAUAUUCGUCAAUUUUUAUAAACUUUGAACAAACCGUAUACUUAAAUAUACAGGGCAACAACACUAGCUGAACAAUAAUUUGAAAGGGUAAUUUGUGCUCAAGUAUGUUGACUAAGUAUGAAAUAUUGUUUGUUAAUAUUGUAAUACAGUUUCCUAAAAAUUGUUCAUGAAGAGUGAAUAAUUAAAAACCCAUUUGUCAUUAUCAAA